GAAGCUCUUUCGCCGCCGACGAAACCGAGCUGCAGACUGCAGCGACAAGCCAUUGCAGCACCAGACAAAAUGUCCAAUCGCAACCCAUUCGAGGAGUACGCGAAUAAGCUCCGAGAAGCUGCAAGGGCUAGCAGUCGCGGAGGCUUCCCGGCUGGCGGUCGGUUUCCCGGCGGCGGCUCCCCUCGGGGUCUCGGCAGCGGCCUUGCUGGGCUGCUCCUGCUCGGUGGUGGUGCCCUUAUCUUCCAGAACGCCCUGUUCAACGUCGAUGGUGGUCACAGAGCGAUCAAGUACCGGAGAAUAAGUGGCGUGAGCAAGGAUAUCUACGGCGAAGGUACUCACUUUGUCAUCCCAUGGUUCGAGACGCCUAUCGUCUACGAUGUACGAGCGAAACCGAGAAACGUCUCUUCCCUGACGGGAACGAAGGAUCUCCAGAUGGUCAACAUCACCUGCCGUGUGCUCUCCAGGCCGGAGAUCAGCGCCCUUCCCCAGAUUUACCGGACCCUCGGCCAGGACUACGAUGAGCGGGUGCUUCCCUCGAUUGUCAACGAGGUUCUGAAGAGCGUUGUGGCGCAGUUCAAUGCCAGCCAAUUGAUCACCCAGAGAGAGAUGGUUGCCAGGCUCGUGAGGGAGGCCAUGGCUCGGAGAGCUGCACGCUUCAACAUUCUGCUGGAGGAUGUGUCACUCACGCACCUCGCCUUCUCCCCCGAGUUCACGGCGGCAGUCGAAGCGAAGCAGGUUGCUCAGCAGGAGGCUCAGCGGGCCGCAUUCAUUGUCGACAAGGCCCGGCAGGAGAAGCAGGCUAUGGUGGUUAAGGCACAGGGUGAAGCCAGGUCUGCGGAACUCAUUGGCGAGGCCAUCAAGAAGAACAAGGCGUAUGUGGAGCUGAAGAAGCUGGAGAAUGCUCGGGCGAUCGCGGGGCUUCUGCAGGAGGCAGGCGGGAAGAACAGGUUGCUUCUCGACUCGGAGGGCUUGGGUCUAAAUGUGUUUGAGGAUAGGCCCAACGACAAGAAAUAAGGGAACGACAGUGCCGACUUGGAGGCGAUAACAAUCUCCGCUGUAUGUAUAUUGGACGAUGCCAGCAGUCCCCAGUGUAACAACAUGGUUUUUCUUGGGAUGGGCAGGCCACGGAGCGUUGCAUCCGCAGGAGACUGGAAGUCACAUGCUUUAGUGUGGCUCGAGGAGCACGAUAAUCGUCUUUGGCCGUUCUGGCAGAAAGUCGCUUUGACAAUCCACUGCAAGCUUGGGGGCCGACGUCGCAAGAACCAUCUUGAUUCGAUGAAGUGCUUCCAGCUGACAAACCAUCGUUGUCGCUAUAUGUUGUUAGGCCCUGGGUCAUUAGUAAUUCCUACUAUAUAUCCAUGGAUUGCUCUUCCAUCCUGAAUCUCUCGCGGUCACUUUGGCAGUCCUCUU